CAUCGGGAUCUUCCCUCCUAGUCCUUCCCCAACCCAAAAACUGCGAACAAAAAUUCGCUGCCCAGUAAUCAGCCAGCCGCCGAACUCAACUCCAGGAGCGCCUCUGUAACGCUCCCUCUACCUUUUCCGCCCCUGAAAUUCUAGGGUUUCGUAUUCCAUUUCCUUUCUGUCACUCCCAAUUUUCCUCACUUCCAACUCUCCUCCCGACAAUGGCGACGUCGCCCACUCUCGUCUCUCCCUCCCGGACCACUUGCGCCUCUCUCCUCCGCCAAUUGCAGGUAAUAUGGGAUGAAAUUGGGGAGGAGGAUGGGGAUAUGGACAGGAUGCUUCAGCAACUUGAACAAGAGUGCCUUGAUAUCUACCGUAGAAAAGUCGACUCCAGCAGAAAGCACAAAGCUGAGUUGGUUCAGUCAUUGGCCGACGGAGAAACUGAAAUUGCAAACCUUGUUUCUGCUCUUGGGGAAACUGCCUCAUUUCCUCAGGUUAAGAGGGUAAAUGGCUCUUUGAAGCAGCAAUUAUCGGCCCUUAAACCUGCUUUGCAAGACUUGAGACAGAGGAAACAAGCACGAAUGAGCGAGUUUCAUGACACUCAAUUGAAGAUUGCUCACAUCUGUGCUGAAAUAGCAGGAAAUGAUCUCAACAGUGUCGAUCCAACAAUUGAUGAAUGUGAUUUGACUGUGAAGCGGUUGGGCGAUCUCCAGUCACACCUCAAGGAACUUCAAACUGAAAAGAAUCUACGUCUGCAUAAGGUUAGCAGCUCUAUCGGCAAAAUUCAUGAGCUGUCAGUUGUAAUGUCAAUUGAUUUCUCCAGUACUGUUGCUGAUAUUCAUCCCAGCUUAAGUGACCAUACUCAGUCAAUGAGCAUAAGCAAUGAUACACUAGCUCGAUUAACUAGUGUGAUACAAUCAUUAAGGCAAGAGAAGCUGGACAGGCUAUGUAAGCUCCAAGAUCUUGGGAAGACCCUAAUGGGGCUAUGGGAUCUCAUGGACACAAAUGUAGAGGAACAAGGAAAAUUUGAUCAUGUUACUUCAUUGGUUUCUUCCUCACUGGACGAGGUGUCAAUUAAGGGUUGCCUUGCACUUGAGGUCAUUGAGCAGACUGAGGUUGAAGUUGAGAGAUUAAAUGCUCUCAAAGCCAGCAAGAUGAAAGAGUUGGUACUAAAGAGACAAAAUGAGCUGGAAGCAAUAUACAGAGAUGUUCAUAUGGAUAUUGAUACUGAUGCAGCACGGCAAACUCUUAUCAAUCUAAUUGAAUCUGGAAAUGUUGAGCUCUCCGAUCUACUUUCCAGUAUGGACAAUCAGAUAGCAAACGCCAAAGAGCUAGCACUGAGCCGGAAGGAGGUGUUGGACAAGGUAGAGAAAUGGAAGCAUGCAUAUGAGGAAGAAAAGUGGCUUGAAGACUAUGAAAAGGAUGAAAAUCGGUACAGUGCAGGAAGAGGUGCGCAUAAAAAUUUGAAACGCGCAGAGAAGGCAAGAAUUCUGGUCAGCAAAAUACCAUUUAUGGUUGAGAAUUUGACUUCAAAAGUGAAAGGGUGGGAAUUGGAGCGAGACAUGUCUUUCCAGUACAAUAAGGCUCCCCUAUUAAGCAUGUUGGAGGAAUAUACUGCAAUGAGGCACGAAAGGGAAGACGAGAGGCGACGUACAAAGGAGCACAGGCGUCUACAAGAGCAAAUGGCAGCUGAACAAGAGGCAAUUUAUGGGUCGCGGCCCAAGAAACCACUGGGCCAAAGCACCACCAACAACACCAUGAUUGGGACACCCAUCGGACGGCGUGGCGCCACCCCAUUGGGCCAUCACCACGCACCUUCAACCGGAAAGGAACGCAGAGAGAGCCGGUACCAUAACGUGGCGCCUAUCAACUAUGUGGCUCUUUCAAAGGACGACCACUCCGUCUCUCGUGGUGCAUAGCCAAAUCCGGGCUAGGGUAAAAACCUGUAAAUGUCCGAUCAUGGUUGAAAUCUCGAGACUUUUCAUAUACAACAAUGACAUAUUCCAUUGAAUGAGAGAAAUACUAAGAUGAUUGACUUUUUGAAAAGUUCUUGUGUAGCAUCCUUUUCGUUUCCUUAUAGCAAGAAUGUGAUUUAGAGAAAUAGUUGGGUGAAUGCAGAUCAAAAGAUGCACCACGAGUUUAGAUGGUGAAGAUUAAAAUGUGUCAUAUGUCAGACCCAUGAACUCAAUUAACCAUUUGUCUUUUAGC